AUGUAUCAAGUACGAAGGCAGUUUUCGAAAUUUGCAUCACUCAAUAAGAGUAGAGAAAUAAAACCCAUUUAUCGCCCUCAUCAUGCGAAUCCCAAAAACGAACCACGGUCAUUUGAAAAGCAUUUACCAAUCACUAAGAAAGAUUUGAAACCAUGGGAGGCAGAAAAUAUUAGCAAGGAUAGAUUCUUCAAACGCAAGUAUGGGCACAUGUCUGAUGACAGGCGAAAGACUUUGCAAGAAAAAGUUGCAAGACAAAGGAGAUACAGGGAAAUGAAAAAGGCUCAUGAGAAGCAAAAAUUGGAGGCAACCGAAAGAUUUAAAAGAUCAAGAGAUGAAAUCAAUUAUGAAGGACAAAGUGCUAAGGAAAUAAUGGAAAGUGGUAAUAGUGGUGGUGGCUUAAAUACUUUUUUCGAGUUUGUUUACGGCACCCAUCCUAUCAAAUCUGUUUUGCAAGCUCGAAAAAGACCAAUUUUAGGCUUGUACACAUUCAACGCUGAUGAUGAGAACGGGAUUAUCAAGCAAGCUAAGAAGGAGUAUGGUAUUAAGGUGCAGCAUGUGAGAGAUAAAAAUGCGUUGAAUAUUUUAUCAAAAAAUGGGGUGCAUAAUGGUUUGGUUUUAAAGACGAAAGCUUUGGAUGUUCCUUAUAUCAAAAGUUGUGGCCAUGUAGAGAAUGGUAGCUACACAGUCACAGUCGAGGACGAUGAUGGGGUAGAUUUAGACAAGGAAAGACAUGUUUUAAGAAAGAAAGAAGAAAGCAUUGACAAAGAAGAAGAACUCUUCCCUUUGGCUUUAUUUUUGGACGAAGUUACUGAUCCACAGAACAUGGGUUCCAUUUUAAGAACCGCAUAUUUCUUUGGUGUUGAUUUCAUUGUGAUUCCAGAUCAUUCAAGUGCAAAAUUGGGGCCAGUGGCUAAUAAAGCCUCUUCCGGUGCCUUAGAUUUGAUUGAUAUCUACCAAACUGAUAGAAGCUUGAAGUUCAUUGACUCUGUGCGUGAAAAUGGUUGGAACGUGAUUAGUACAAGUGCAAAGCCAGAUGAAUCAAAUCUUGACGAUUUAAAGGAUAAGAAUUACAAGGUCGAAAUGAGCUUAAAGGAUAGGUUUAUCCAGUUAGGUGAUUUGAAAACCGUUUUGAAACGAACACCAGUAAUGUUAGUUGUCGGUAGUGAAGGAAAGGGGGUACGUACCAAUAUGAAGUUACGCAGUGAUUAUCUUGUUGGUAUUCAAAAGCACAGAGAAAAUGAUGACAUAGUAGACUCGUUAAAUGUUGGAGUCGCUACUGGUGUUAUAGUUCAAAGCUGUUUGUAA